AUGGCCCAAUCAGCCAAGCCCUCUCUACCCGAAGGGCGACGGAGUGACGACGUUGCGUUUGCAAUAUUCGACGCUACUUUGUGUCCCGGAUGUAAGCUGGGCAUCCCGCCAAACGGUUCCGGGGAGGGCCAUUUUGAGGUCCCGCUCUGGUGCCACGCUUCAUCCCUGACGCUGGCUCGUCUGGCUCGACCACCCCGUGUCCCGUCGCUCGAGGACGAGGACCAGGACCACCCGAACUUGCUUUGA